AUGUUUCAGACAAUCAUUGAGGCUGACGAUGGGCUUUCCAACGAACUAUGGUUUGCGAUUUGUCAACAGGCUGACAUGAGCCUUCAGCCAAUAAUGCAGUCUGCUGACAGUAUACUGAUGCAAACCGUGUCAUUUUAUGUUUUGCGGCUUUUGCCCACAGAGCAUUGUGCUCCUAAUGUUGGCCGUGCUCCUUUGGUCGGCGAAAUGGGUCAUCGAAAGCACACCCCACUGGAUCUUUUUCUACCAACGUCUCCAGUACUGAACUCAAUGAAACUUGAAUCACAAGAGUUCUUCUCGUCAUCGCUCCAUCCGCGGCAUUUGACGAUUUUUUGCAAUUUUGUCAGCAUUCUUUGCUCCACGAGUGACUUCCCAUCAGCGAAUAGAUUAAUGAUAUUGAGGUAUCUCUUGAAACAAUUCCACGUCUUUUGUCUCUAUGACGUGGCUGAUCAAGACAUGCUCGCUGUAAAGAGCUCUCUCCACUGUCGGCCACCGUUUUCUUCUCAUCUUUUUACGUUUCUUUACACUUUUCUUGAACAGUGCCCUACAGCGUUUCUUAUUCAAGGACCUUGUCCAGGGCCGUGGAUGCCCUUUAUACGGGUCCACGAGAAGUUCUAUAGAGUUCUUCUCGGGAAAAUUUUGCGAAGAGUUGCAAUGUUCGACUUGACAGCGGAAAGUAUCAAAGUAAUUCGAGCCGCUGUAGAAUUUUCAUGGAAGGAGCCAAUGGUAUCAAUGCUAAGGGAGCUAGGCGUGAAUUCUCGACCCCAUACGCGGCAACUUCUGGAGACGGUUUGCACGAAUUUGCGCCCAAUGAAAAAUGCAGUCGCUCAUCAGCAACAGACGCGAAAGCAGUCUUUGUGGGACACUCUGUUUGGAGAACCUGAACCGCCGGCCGUUCGUGAGCAAUGUGAGGUCAUCGAAUGCGUAGAGGGACUGCUUGCUGACGCGGACGCAAAUAUGGGCACUCACUUCAUUGCUGAAGUUAAUGGCUCCUCAAGUGCAGCUACCGCUAGUAAUGUGCCGAACCGCACGCCGCUAUUGUCGGAAACUCCAAAACGUGCUCCGCCUCGUCUGCUUCCGGAUCAUGUUAAAGAUCCUGUCACCGGACUCAUGUAUUUGACCGAACUCGGGCGACGUCAAGUCUAUAGUGGCGAAAGAUCGCUGGCUAAGCCGUAUGAAUUUCCACCUUUCGUAGCCCUCCUAACCAAAAUCAACGAGUAUUUGAAUCGGACGGCUAUUGUUAGCACUAUUGCUGGGGAGUAUUCAAAAGACAGUGUUCUUGGCACGAUUGCGAGAGCAGUCAUGGAUCCUCCUUUCCCGAAUCCAUCAGGCCCACUCUCCUCUCCAGUUUUCUCAAAAACUGUGAAAGUUACUCCUCCUACGCUACGUAUUCGGAUCUUGGCGAAUUAUGGUGUUUUACUUGAUUCCUUCAUCAUUUUCCUCUUUGUCCGAUACGGGAUCUGGGCUCUGAUCCCAGUGUUGCUAACAUCGUUCAUUUGUGCAAUGCACAAUGACUAUGGAAGAAGAGGUGGACAGGGAACGAAAGCCGUACGAAAGCGAUCGGGUCUGGCUGAUUCGGCGAACUUUCCUGCGCAAGUAUUGGACAGAAAUGCCAAGGUAUGUGAAAGUGUUACAUUUCCAAAUGAACUAUGGAUGCGGAUCGACAAGGACCAGCUGUUAUGUAUGUCACAACUUUUCAUCAAUGUCAACAUGAUAGGAUGUACGUAUAGUGAUGCUGUGAUGGAAAAAAUUCGGAGGCUGGGUGCAGGAGCCAAUUCGUUGACGUUGGAGCGUAAGCCGGAGGAACCACCUCCAAAGAGAGCGCGGGUCCUCCCAGCGCCAGCGCAACCAUCAACAGCGGCAGAUUCACCUAGGGCACCUCCACCUCAACACAGAAAUACUGCUAGGAUCAGCUCCGAGGAUUCGUAUACAGAAGAGAAAAUGAAACAAAUUAGGCUAUUUUUAUUACAGGCAGAUUACCGAGCGUCAGCUAUGGAAAUGUUGAAUCACGCCACUGGACGAGCGCGAUCUCCAUGGACUCAGAAUGUUACUGAUGGGGUAAUGCGGAUAUCUAUAGCGAAUGUUCUUGUUCUGGAACAAAAAUUCACGCAGCCGAACGUCAAUUCCACGGAAGGAGCCGUGAAUGCUAUAGUGGAGACGUUUUUGCACGGAGGCAAUGUGUCAAUAAAGAAUAAACAACUGCAUUUCAAUGGGUCUGGUCCACAAGAUUUAUAUUACAACUUCCUUAAGAGAUGUUUAAAGAAAGCAGAAAAGUUGGCAAGCGGGGCAAAGACAUUCAAAGCACUCUUAGCGGCGUUAGAGAAGGUCAACUUGGAAGUAUCACAGCACUCUACCCAUCUUCAGGGCUGGUCUCAAAAGGUGGACAUUCGUAUUGGCGAUCUGCUGGCUUCGUCAAAAAUACUGUCAAAGGGUGAUUGUGUUCGGGCAAAGUUGGACAAGGCUAUCGACGACAUGUGUGCCCGAAUCAGCGACGUCAUCUCAAGCGGUUCCGUCGAGAUCGCCCGAACGGAAGGUGGCCUAGAACUGCGAUGA